AUGCAAGACGGCGACAGCACAAGUGGGGAGGCUUUCCUUCCGCUCAACCUGACCAAGCCCCUUCAAGCAAACUACGCUGCAGCAGCAGCAGCAGCAGCUAAGGAAGCGGCUGCAACAAUUGUAAUAUGUGUAGUUCAAGUCAUAGGCAAAUGCAUUUUACACCAGAAACGGGAACCUAACGACAGCGAUCCCUACAUUCUCGGCAGACACAGGGGUGGCGGUCCCGUAGCCGCUUUCCUGUCUAGCAGCAACUGCAUGCGCUCCAGGAGCGGCGGCAGCAACAGCAACACCUCAGAAAGCCAUGAGGCGAAGAGCCUCCGGCGCGGUCUGCCUCCAGCCGUGACGCCGGCAGCACUAGUUGCUGACGCAGCAGCUGCAGCAGCAGCAGCAUCAGCAGCAGCCAUGGAGCUGCCUCCGGUGCCAGCUGACUUUGAUGCUCUUGCAGAUGACUUCAUUUCUGCCCUCGGCCCAAACGAGGAGCGGUCGAGGGUUCGGGCGGAGGCAUUUGAGCACCUCCGCGAUGCCAUCAUCGAAGCCUUCACGGACUUCAGAGUCCUGUUGCGGCAGCAGCAGGAGUUGCGGCAGCAGCAACAGCAUCAAGAGCUUCAGAAGCAAAAGCAAAUACAGCUCUUGCUCUCGUCGGACCAGCGGUCGCAACUGACUCAGCAGGAAGACCAGAGCAAUCAACAGCUGCAGCCACCAGCGCUGCAGCAGCAGGACCCACCACAACCGGAAGGCGCUGCAGCAGGAAAUAUAUCUCAAGAGCCCUUGCAGGAGCGGCUCUCCCCGGCGGGAGAUGCAGUGCUGCUGCCUCCCCAGGCCUUGCGGCCGCAUCAUGAUAAACAGCAGCAGCAGCAGAAUGAACAGCAGCAGUCGGAAGGACGUGCUUGCAGGGGAUCUUCGAGCUGCUGCAGGGCUCGCGCUGACUCGCCGUCCUCUUUUUUCUCGGUGUCUUCGUCACCUUCGCCCACCACUGCAGCAGCAGCGCUGACAGGAGCAGCUACAGCAGAAGCAGCAGCUGCCCCAGAGUGGGGUGCAGGUGCAUUGUCUGGCGUUGUGCCUGAUAACUCUUCUUUGCUCCCUUCGUCAUUUCAGGCCUCGACGGAAGAUCCCAGCAGCAGCAGCUGCGACUGCAGCAGCAGCAGCAGCGGUAGCCUUAGCGCCAGCAACGUGCCCAGUAGUAGCAGUAGCGGCAACGUGUCAAGAGGGAGCAACAGCAACAGCAGCAGCGCCACCAGUAACAGCAACAGCAGCGUGCGGUGUUUGUCUGACAUAUGUGUGGCUGUUUUGCGUUACGGAUCCUUUCCUCUGCUGACUUAUUUGCCAGACGGGGAUUUGGAUGUUGGCGUGAUAACAUUUUCUCCCGAGACGGGAGUGGUGGAGGGGGAAGAAGAGAGUGAGGCGUUCUUGGUGUAUCUCCACCUGAGAUUUAGACGGGGAGACCUGAAAGUUGAAUCCCAGGGUUCGGUCAAAGACUCUUCUGGAGUCACCGGAACUCUCGAUGCUCCCAAGGGCCCGGGGGGCCCCGGGGGGCGGGGAAGCCGGGGCCCCCGCAUACGGAACGUGCAUUUGGUCAAGGCUGACGUGAAGAUUUUGAAGCUUGAAGUGGACAGCCUGGCUGUGGAUUUGUCAGUGAACAAAGUUGGUGGCUGCUGCUCCUUAGCCCUUCUGGAGCUACUGGACCGCCGUAUUGGUCGGUACCACCUUUUCAAGCGGUCUGUAAUCCUUGUCAAGGCGUGGAUGGCGUAUGAGAGUCAUCUACUUGGCAGCCGGUCGGGUCUCCUGGCAUCAUACUGCUUGGAGGUGCUGGUGCUGCACUUGUUCUCGUGCCUUCCUCCCGCAAGGCUUCAAAGUCCUCUCCAGGUUCUCCAGGCGUUCCUCUCCUACUUCUCUAGUUUUGACUGGGCUGCCUUCGCUGCCACUGCGGCAGGACCCCUCCCCUUGUGGCUGCUGCGCCUCGCUACGCAGCAACAGCAGCAGCAGGCGAUGCUGCUGCAGCAGCUGCAGCAGGAAGGAUGUGAACCUCAGCAGCAGCAGCUGCACUUGCAGCAGAUGCCGUUUCUGAAUGAGUUGUUGGAAAUGUCAGAACACAGCAGCGGCAACCACAGAGAUGGAGACCCGAGACUGGAGCGCCUGGCCUUUGUCGCCCAACACAUACAGCCUGAAAGAGGGGUCCCGCGGGACGCAGUCACAAGCCACGUUUGCAAGUGCAUAGCAAAUUUUGCAUUUGUAGAAGAGUGCAGGAGGCGUUUUCGCAUGUGCUACGGAGGCAUGGGGGGCACUUCACGUUUUCCAGGGGCCUACCGAAGCGGCCAGUCUUUUGACUGGCCCGAUCCGAGCUCCCCCACUGCUCCCGUGAGCAGCAGCAGCAGCAGCAGCGGUAGUGGCAGUGGGCGCGUAAGCGGACCAGCGACUCCGAUGAAUCGUUGGUCUCAGUCAGGUGCUCGGGGGUUCACGGGUGGUUUCUCUGUUCCUCCUUUUCACCCGCGGGCACCGCCCCGUGCUGGGGCCGCUGGUGGCUUCACAUUGCGUUGCAUCAAUGUGGUGGACCCUUUGUUAAACACAAACAACUUGGGCAGGAGUGUCAGCGAGCCCGCCUUUAUCAGACUAGUAGAUGCUCUGAAGAGGGGUCAUGCCACCCUCACCGCAGUGCUACAGCGAGGAGACGGGGAGGCUUUCAAGUCCCUGGUUUUCAAGAAUAGCUACAGCUACCUUCAGCGCCUGCGACACCGGCAGGCUCUACAGCCACAGAUUAAGCCGCUAAUCCUGCUGAGAUUGAGCAAGGGGCCAUCACAGUACCCCAGGGGAGCUCUUGAAGACGAUGAGGUCCCCUGUCCCACGAGAGACCCUUAUGCAGAAUUUUUAAGGUGCCUACGCUCGAAAACAGGGGCGUCGCUAGGUGCAUCGGAUGGUCAGGCCCCCUCAGAAUCCCGUGUAAGCUCCGGGAGCUUGCCGCCGGGGCCUUCUGAGGAUUCUCAGAAGCCUCAACUGUCGUCUAAGGGGCUUUCAGGGGCCGCAACCACUGCAUCAGUGCAUGGUGGAGUGGCUGAGGCAGGUGAAAGCGGACAGCGUGCAGAAAGGUCUGACGAGAAAGUUCGUGGGUCUCCUGAAGUGGAAGGGGCGUCAGCUCCUCCGUUGAUGGCAAAUCACUCGUCUGCUCGGCAGCAAUAUGGGGAGCAACGGGAGCAGCACCAGCAGCAGGAGCUGGCUCAUCCCGCGCAUAAACUGAAUCUGAGGCUUGCUGAAGAAGAAUUGAGGGGCUUGUUGGCUCUGUGUCAGCUUCUGUGCAAAGUCCCGGGAGAUGGCAGUCACUGUGGGCCUCCCCGGGCAACCUCCAGGAGGGGUGGCCCCCAUUAUGCAUGUGCAUCUCUGAACGCCUUUGGAUCUCGUCUCUGUAAUUGUAGCCAUCAGCCUGUUGCUUCUUCAGUAGCAGCAGCUGCGGAAGACUGUGCUGUGCCCCUGUCGAGCAGCAGUGACGCGUCAGUAGGAGUUGCGGAAGAAGGCUGGGUAGGGCCUAGGCCAGUGCCGCCAAUGCCCGGUGUGUCUGAAGUAGCUGUACUGCCAAUCGAGGCAGCAGCAGCAGCAGAAGCGGCAAUCACCAUUCAGAUACUUCUCCCGUACUGCACACGGGGGUGCAGGAGGAACAGUAGCGCUGGCAGCUACGCCAAUGAUGUACGAGCUGCUGCCGGACCCCCUUCCAUCGGGUCACCAAGGAGUGCCUGCAGCCUGGGACGCACCCCGUGGGAAGCUCGGGGAGGGGGGCAUAGGACAGGAGCUGAGGGAGCCCCGCGAGGCUCCCGCGGGUCCUACAACGACCGCAUGAGGAAGACGCAUCCAUUCUCUUUGACUCGCCAUAGAGCUACGGGGGGUCGAAACAGCAUACAGCAGCAGCACCAACAGCACCACUUACUACUGCAGCAUCUGCAGCAGCACCAUCAUAUGCAGGCACUUCCUCCAAGCAGAGACCCUUUCUGGCAAACUGCACGGCCGUUCUCCACCCAGGCGGCGUUGUUUGGGGGGCCUUUGGAGGGAAUUUCCUCAGCUGCAGCAGGCGGCCCUCUCGGGGCCAGCGCCGUCUCUCACUGGCGUGGAGAUGACAUUAACUCUCCUUCGCUUGCUGCUGCAGCGGCUGCUGACUUGUCUCCCGUAGGAGGCAUCAGCAGGAGACGCCUACACAGAGGAGCGGCCCGCCAAGGAGGGCCCGUAGGUUCGGUGGGUGCCAUAAGCUACCAGCACGGGCGCCAUCUACCCCCCUUUUCCACUGUCGUCGCAGCAAGGGUGCAGCAGCAGCAGCAAGGUCGGGGAUACGUGUCGAAUUCAGGUUUCGGGGGACCGCGUCCCAACAUCCCUAAAGAAGCCCAAGGGACUCCAAGGAGGCCCGGGGGCUGGAGUACUUCGGCGCCUAUGGGCGACGUUAGUGAGCCUCAGCGCGCUCUGAACGCUCCCAGGCAUGCAUCAGCAUCUGCUGAGGAACGGAGAAGUAGCAGCAAUAGCAGCAACAGCAGCAGCAGCAGCACAACCGACUCAGCAGUUCUUGGGGAACGGUCAGCAGCCGCUGCCGCUGUAGGCUUCGAGCAGCGCCAGCUGCUGCAGCAGCAAGAUAUCCCUGCAUGUGGCGGCUCCUAUGUUGCGGCUCUGACAGGCCAUCAGGGCCGAUCAGCUUCUCCUCCACCUUGUGGGCGGCCACAAGACCAACAGCACCACCGAGGAGGCGGGGACCCUGCGCGAGAAGAUGCACAGGCCCCUGUAGCCAGUGACGCUCCCGAAAGUAUGGGGGAAGUGCCUCUUAACGAGAGGCAUCGAAGAGUUUCUGGUGACUGGAACUUUGCAGCAUCCGCCGGAAGCAGCAUUAUCAACAACACUAGAAGCGCGCAGCCCAGAGGCAUGAGAAUUCCACGGAAGCUCCCCCAGCCGACGGCUGACGCUCAGAGCCCUCACUGGGGUGCAGAAGGGGCCCCACCCACUCCCAGCACCUGGACUCACCACCAGCAGCAGCACCAACCGGGAGGGAUAUUUUCUCGUGGAGGGAUAUCACUGCCUCUAAGGGGCCCAAGGGGAAUGGGCCCCAAUGCGGUGUUGCAGGGUUUAGGGCUGCAUGUGACGACGCCUUCUGCUGCCUCCGGCAGAAAUGCUCGCUACCGCGAUGGAAUGUCCAAGCAAACGGGAGGGGCUUUAGGGAUGCCUUCAUGGGGCAUUCCAGAACCCCCUCAGCAGCCACCGCCACCUCCUCCUCCUCCAGUUACUCCCAGUGGGGCCUUGGUAGUCUCAGAAAGCCAGGCGGAAGGACCUCAGAGGGCCCCCGGUAGGCGUAAUUGGGCCGCCGUAGUGGGGGCCCCUGCAGCUGGAACGCCUACGUCUGUGGGUGCCCCUCGAACGCGAGGUACCCCCAUUCCAGCAGCAAUGGUAUCGGCAGCAGUGGCAGCAUCGCCUUCGGCUGCUGGCACUGUAGUCCCCCGCCCAGCGUCGGCUGCAGCGAGGCCGUCUUCGCCGUUUUCUAGAGGAGCAUAUUCUCAGAAGGCGCCCUCUGAGGGUCAGGUCCGCGUAGGCGCUCCCUUGGAGGAGCCUUUGAGAGCCUCUUCAGCAGCAGCAGCAGCGACACCACCAGUAGCACAAGGAGAAAGCUGCGGUCACAUUGAUGACAUUCGUGGGCUUCCUAAGCAGCCUGCAGAGCAUAGAAAGUUGACGCCUCAGUGGGGGGGUCUCUUGGCCUCUGAUCUGCCGGCCGAGGACCCUCAGGGGAAAGCGGCAGCUCCUAAAUGGGCUGUUGGGGGCGCUCCGGGGAGCCCCCGUGUUAUUCCUUGGGGAUCUGACGCUGGCGGACAGGAACCAGAUGAGGCUUUCAAGGUGUCGGAGCAGCAGCAGCAGCAGCAGUGGGAUGGGUUUUCUACACCGUCUUCUAGAGGUCACUCAUGGGCUGGAGAUUCAACGGGACUGUGGCGGCCGGGACCUCCGCCAUCAACGGACCCACCGUCUGGGGGCUCAUCAAAUGACGCGCGUUCUAGGCCACCUUGGGGGAUUACUGCAGCCCCUCUUUCAGACAGGGGCCCCUCUGUUAAACAGAGGGAGGCCCCAUCCCUAACGAGCGACCUGCUCUCCCUCAAGUUGGAAGAUGUGGCACUGCUCAGCACGGCAGACAAGGCGAAGGCUCUGCUUGUUGCCAAGCAACAGGUGGCGGCUCUUCAAGAUGCAGCCGAAUGGCGGACAGCCACAAGCAAGCGCGAGCGCAAGAAGUCAUCUGCGUCGGGGAGACAUGCGAAGACCCAGCUAGCGCAUUUGCUAGCAGUGCAGCAGCUACUGCUGCAACAGGAGCGACCUCAGCAGGAGGCUUCACAAGGGAGUGGGGAGGCUGCUGCAGCAGAAAGGCCACAGCAAAGUUCCCAGCCUGACAAUUUCAAGGGCAGCAGAGAAGAGAAAGAAAAUUCGAGCGGCGAAGGGGUGACGAACAGUGGCCACGGAAGUGAUCUUGGUGCUCCCGCAGCAAAAGCAGCCGCAAGGCCGUCGGAUUCUCCACCGUAA